GAGAAUCUAGAACUUGUAAAUUUCCAAAUCAGACCAUUCCUCAAUGUCCAUCCCCAAAACCACCGCUAAAAGUGAAAACGAGUAAUGGCCACCUGUUUUUUUGGCUGCUUAUAUAUAUAACACCUUUCAAAACCAGCUAUCUGAAAACCAGAACGCAAACUUGUAGCGCCUCCUCUCUUCUUCUUUCUUUUUAUUUUUUCUCUUUUGUGGUCCUCUGUUUUCAUUUGGUCAACAGUGUCUCCUAUAAGUAUGGGUGUCUCCGUAUUCGUAUUUCCAAACACUUGCCUUUCUAUUUCAGCGCAUGGAAUCUCUUUUCUCUCUUAAUUCUUCAUCAAUCUCUCCUUUCAAACCUCUUUCUCUGGAAACUUCUAAAUCUGCCAUUUCAACUCCCCGGAAUCUCUCUUCUUCCGUCUGUUUUACUGCUCCGACUUCAGGUUCCGCUUUCUCCUCCAUCGGAUUCUCCAGAGCCGCUAUGUCUAAUCCCAACGCUAACGGCAACUCUAAGCCGAAGAUCGUCAACGGUGAUUACGGUUACGUACUUGAAGAUGUUCCUCACUUGACAGACUAUAUUCCUGGUCUUCCUACUUUUUCCAAUCCUCUACAAGAUAAUCCGGCAUACUCGGUUGUUAAGCAGUACUUUGUCCAUGUGGAUGACACUGUUCCUCAAAAGAUUGUUGUCCACAAAGAUAGUCCGAGAGGGACACAUUUCCGGCGUGCUGGACCACGCCAAAAGGUUUAUUUUGAAUCAGAUGAAGUUCAUGCUUGCAUUGUAACAUGUGGGGGUCUCUGCCCUGGACUCAACACAGUAAUCAGGGAAAUAGUAUGUGGCUUGUACCAUAUGUAUGGGGUGAAGAGAGUGCUGGGAAUUGAUGGAGGGUAUAGGGGAUUUUAUGCUCGGAAUACCAUUCCCCUGACCCCUAAAGUUGUAAAUGAUAUUCACAAACGUGGUGGAACCAUCCUUGGAACAUCACGAGGCGGCCACGACACUUCAAAAAUAGUUGAUAGCAUUCAGGAUCGAGGAAUUAAUCAGGUUUACAUAAUUGGAGGCGAUGGAACUCAGAAAGGGGCAUCGGUGAUAUUUGAGGAAAUUAGAAGAAGAGGUCUUAAAGUAGCAGUUGCUGGAAUUCCCAAAACUAUUGAUAAUGACAUUCCGGUUAUUGACAAGUCCUUUGGUUUUGACACUGCUGUUGAGGAAGCUCAACGUGCUAUUAAUGCAGCACAUGUUGAAGCUGAGAGUAUCGAGAAUGGUAUUGGUCUUGUGAAGUUAAUGGGUCGCUAUAGCGGAUUUAUUGCAAUGUAUGCUACUCUUGCAAGCCGCGAUGUUGAUUGUUGCUUGAUUCCGGAGUCCCCUUUUUAUCUUGAAGGGGAAGGUGGUCUUUUCGAAUACAUAGAAAAAAGUCUCAAAGAAAAUGGCCACAUGGUUAUUGUGAUAGCUGAAGGUGCUGGGCAGGAGUUGCUUUCCGAGACCAUGAAAUCAACUCAGCAGGAUGCUUCAGGAAACAAGCUUCUCCCAGAUGUUGGUUUGUGGAUAUCACAGAGGAUCAAGGAAUUUUUUUCAAAGCAGAAGAAGAUGACUAUAAACCUCAAAUAUAUAGAUCCUACAUAUAUGAUCCGUGCUAUUCCUAGCAAUGCAUCUGACAAUGUGUACUGCACACUUCUUGCUCAAAGUGCUGUGCAUGGAGCAAUGGCUGGAUACACUGGCUUUACAAGUGGCCUUGUCAACGGGAGACAAACUUACAUACCCUUCUAUCGAAUCAUUGAGAAGCAGAACAAGGUAGUUAUAACAGAUAGGAUGUGGGCUAGGCUUCUGUCUUCGACAAAUCAGCCUAGUUUUUUGCGUGAUAAAGAAGUCACUGAAGACAAGAAAGAGGAUAUUGCCAAAGUCAAGAAAGGGGAAGAACCAGAAAACCAGUUGAUGGAUGAUGGGAAUUGUGCUGACGACCUUAUAGCAAAGAAAGAGAGGGAUAACAAAGCAGUAGAUAAAUGUGGGUCCAAUGAGCCUGGAUUACAGAAACGCAGAUCCGAUGCUCAGGCAUUAAAGAAAAGUAUUUCAGAUCCUCAUGUAAUGGAGAAAUGCAAACCCAGAAAACAAACUUUGAAAAAAAGAUGGUUCAACUUGAGUCUCUGCUGCCAUAGCUUUAACAAAAAAAAUAUUGAGUUCCUGCCAAGCGAGUAACACUAGUCAGGUUGGAGUUCAAAUUUUUCUUCAGUACGUUAUUCACCGGUUCCUUGUAUUUUCAUCAAAAGAUAUAUAUAUACACACAAACACACACAUCUUUGUUAUUUAUCAAUGGUUUCAAAGGUAAUCCAAAAUCAUCACCAUUUUGGUUUCCGCACAAUGAUGGUGAUGAUGUAAAAUUCAAUGCAAUUAUCUUAUCAUGGAUAUUUUCUUUUUAAUUUUAUUUCAGUUGAUUAACCAAUCGUCUUGGCCAAAUGCUUUAAUCACCAGUUCCUUCACUACAAUCUCUGUCUCUUUAAUCACCGAUUGGUGUGUCACCUCAUACUCCAUCUUGGAAGGUCCAGUAGAAUCAAAAUUCUCACUAUAUGUAAUUUCGAAGUGACAUCAUUCCCGAAAACAAGAAGUUGUUCCGUUUUGGAGUCGUUAUACCUAUGCUCAGGGGAACUACAUUACAAAAUAAAAAAUGACAUGUCAGCUAAUGAGAAUUAGACACCAUAACAGUCGGUCACAUCUUAAUCCAACGAAAAUAAAGCAAAGUAGAUAUGCUGGUCGUGAGAAUCUGAUUGCCGAGGUUCAGCUAAAAAACCAAACCAUUUUAUCGGGUCAUGGCAGCUGAUGGCAGAUUUCCCAUGAAAUGGCAAACACCUUAAAGUCCUUGGUUACUACAAUCCCUUACCAGAUUCUCCCCGUCGACAAAUGAAUGAAAAUCAAGCUUAGGGUUUGUUUUUCUACAGCAAAACCCUGUUACUGUAACGUAAAAAUUUCACUUCUUUUGUUAAUCACCAAUUAAAAAAAAAAAAAAACCGACUUUGUUGAGAUGAAGGCUAUGGAACUUUUCCCUCAGUUAACCCGAGUGCUGAACCCCAGAAUUAGACAUUAAAACAAAGAUAGAGAUUGAUUUGCAUAUUAAAAGACGAUUGAAAAGAAGUGCUGAGAUUUUGCUUAAUGAAAUCCUUUUAGAUUUUAGCACCCUUCUAUUUCCUUAAGUUUUGGCUUUACUCUGUUGUAUCAUCUGCUCCUGGACUAUGGAGGUUUCUUGUGUUGCAACUUGCUAAUUCUCUGCGUAAUCUCGUGUCUUUUUCAGGUCAGAAAUGAGGACAACGAAUGGGUCUUAAUUUAGAGACAGUGAAGUAAGCUUCUUGUAAAGAAAAAGGAAAAAGAAAAAGCACAUCCAUUCAUAUUUUUAGUUAUUUGUCGAGUUUGGAAAAUUAAUUGAUUGCCAUAGUUCCAUUUCUUUCUGUUUCAUUUUCAAAUUCUGUAGCACAACGUCUCAUUUACUUCUGAGGAUAUGGCCAACUUGCUUCCA